CAGUUCUCUUCUCAAAUUAGGGCAAAAGACUUACAGCUUUUCGUCUUCUUUUCUAGCAUUGAUUUCAACCAUAUAAUGGGUUAUCAAAAACCUAGUGGUAGUGUAAGUGUCUUUGUUUCAGUACUCAUUUUAGUUCUGUCACUGGACUGCAUGCCAUGCAACGCUCAGUUGUCUACUACGUUUUACGAUGACACAUGCCCUAAUGCACUUGCCGCCAUUAAUACUGUCAUUACUGAUGCUGUGACAACGGAAAAUCGCAUGGCAGCAUCUAUCAUUCGUCUUCAUUUUCAUGAUUGUUUUGUUCAGGGUUGUGAUGCAUCCAUUUUACUAGACGAUACGCCAAGUGAAAAGACAACGGGUGCUAAUUCAGGUGUGAGGGGAUAUGAAGUUAUCGAUGCUGCUAAAGCUGCUGUCGAGAACAUAUGUCCUGGCGUUGUUUCGUGUGCUGAUGUACUGGCUGUUGCAGCUCGUGAUGCUUCGGUGGCGGUGCAAGGUCCAUCAUGGUCUGUAAGGCUUGGAAGAAGAGAUUCUACAACUGCAUUCCCAGAUCAAACCGGUACCGAUCUUCCAAGAGGUGAUCAGGAGCUACCAACUCUCAUUACUAGCUUUGCAAGAAAGGGACUCAGCGAACGAGAGAUGGUUGCUUUGUCAGGGUCUCACACAAUUGGGCAAGCAAGAUGUCUUACAUUUAGGGGAAGGAUAUACAACAAUGCCUCAAACAUAGAUCCUAUUUUUGCAGCCAACCUUAGGGCCAACUGCCCAACCACUGGUGGCGAUGGAAACUUGGAACCACUUGAUUUGGUGACUCCGAACAGGUUCGACAACAACUACUUCACGAACCUAGAGCAAAGAAGAGGUCUGCUUAUAUCAGAUCAGACUCUCUUUAACGGAGGCUCGGCUGAUAGCAUCGUGCAAGGAUACAUAGACAAUCCUGCAUCAUUUGCAUCGGAUUUCGCUGCAGCCAUGGUUGCGAUGGGAGACAUUGAUCCGCUUACUGGUAGUGAUGGAGUUAUAAGGACUCUUUGUACUACUGCCACUUAAAUAAGAAAAUUAAGGAGACGAAAAGAUGAUGCAGUUACAAGUAUUCUGCGUGCUUUGUUUGUGUUUCCGAUUACAUAUGCAAUAAAGUUAUAUAUCCUUCGAUCUCUUUC